AUGCUCUCCGCUUUCUUCAAUUGUUCUUCGGUCGUUCUGUCAAAUCAGAUAAAAUUAUUUCUUGGAAGGAACCUUCAGUCUUGGGUAGAUCUCUUUGACGAAGAUCACAAGGAACGUCUACCUGUUCUAAAAAUGUACUUGACAUUUGAAAAUCAGCGCGUGAAAUUCUUUCCCAGUUAUGAAGACCUGGAGGAGCUUAUUGUAUUCGUCGCUCAACAAAUAAUGGAUUCAUUGCAAAAGGUCAGCAUAAGGCUUCAGAUAACCUUCAGCUAUUUUGAUAAGAAGUCAGUCGUCUACAAGCUCCACUACGAUGCCCGUGAAUGCAGAUAUUGUGACCAACUUGGAAAAUCUGCCUCUAUACUCAUUCACGUACAUCAGCCGACAGUUGGGAAGCGAGAUCAUCUGUCUCAACUCGUCAUGCACACCCUCGAUAUUGGGCACACCUUCAACUGCGGCAAAGUGCCAACUAUUCAGUCCUGGCUUCAUCAGCAGGCAAAUAAUCGUUACAUUGACGGAAAAGUUCCUGAUCACAUUGCUUCGGCAGCGCUCACAAAACUCCGUAACGCGGCCAAGUCAAAUUUUCAAAAACCCUUGGAAUUCUUCCAAAAAACCAUUGUUGAACCGUACUCUUAUUUGUUUGAUGGGACGGAGAGCAAAGCUGUAGACGCCUUUCUAAAAGAAGAUGGCGACUUUCUCGACUACAAAAAUUAUAUUACAAAACUCCACAACUUGGCCCAGAAAGUUAUGCUGCUUCCAGAUGCCGAGUAUUUUGACCUAAUACGACUGGACUGUGAGGACGUCAAGGUCGGACUUUCGAAGGAGUGUCAGCGUCUAGCAAAUACUCUUUUGGAGCGCGUAGCUACAAAAUUGCGACAGACUAAUAAGGAGAUAUGUGACUGUUUUGAAGAAAUGCAAACAAAAUGUCGCACCAUUCCUCAGAACAGUGAAGAACUGGUCGAGAUGAACCAAUACAUGGAGGAGGCCAGAUGUCAAGGAAUGGUCAGAAUGGAAAAUAAGAUCAGGUGGACUAGGGAUUACCUGACCUAUCUACUCGAUGUGUACGACUUCACACCGGAGGACAUUAAGCAGAACAGUCAAGUUCUCACCUGGAAGAGUCGUAUCUACCCUGAGUUUGACGCUAACGACAAGCUCCAAGAGCGCAUGCGAGCAGUGAAUGAAUCGCGUAUUUAUGGUAGACGAGAAAAGUUGGCAGCUGAGCUCGAAAGACUACGCAACCGCGUUGACGAAUUCAACGACUACGGUGAGAUCGACGAUGAGAUGAUGGCGCAGUAUGUUAACGACGUGCGCGCUGUCUACAAACGACUGGCCGACGCCGAGAACGAAAGAAUGUGGAUUAAUAAGGAGGAGGCACUCUACCAAAUCCCCUUCACGCCAUUUAACGAAAUUGAAGAAAUUAAGGGGCUUGUUGAUCCCUUUCAAAAGCUCUUCACGAUGUGUGUCAAGUACUACAAAUCUGAAAGGAAGGAAGUAAAGGAAAGGCCCACGGCUAAUUUUUCAGCUGAAUCUGACACCAAAGUUGCGAUGUCUUGCCUGUUCGACAAACUCGACGCUGAGGUCAUUGAGGCUCAAGUGGACGAGUACUGGCGUGAGAUAUUUCGACUGCAGAAGGUCUUUACGAUGCGCCUAAAGAAGAUGCGCAUGGAGGCCGCAGAAAGGAAGCAGGCCUCAAGGCCUCGUCGUCGCCGGGAACCUGACUCGGAGGAGAGUGAAACAGAGGAAGUGAAGCCGCCGGCUGCGCUGGCUACCAUCACCAUUGUCCUCGAACGCAUACGCAAGUUUAAGGACACAGUUCCGAUUAUUGGCAUCCUCUGUAAUCCCGGCAUUCGGCAACGUCACUGGGAUGCCAUGUCAGCAAUUGCCAAAAGAGACCUUACGCCUGACAGUGGUACCUCCCUGGCCAAAGUCCUACAGAUGAACCUCGACCCCUACAUGGACCAGUUUGAGGCCAUCUCGGCGGGUGCUUCGAAAGAGCACACUCUGGAGGUUAAUAUGAAGAAAAUGCUGGAGGACUGGAAGGAUGUGGAAUUCACGUUGACUCCCUACCGCGACACUGGCAUUUCCAUUCUGGCCUCCGUGGAUGAAAUUCAACAGCAGUUAGACGAUCAGAUUGUGAAGACGCAGACCAUGAGGGGCUCGCCGUUCAUCAAACCCUUUGAGGCCGAAAUUAAGAAAUGGGAGGAGCGUCUUCUGCGCAUUCAGGAUACCAUUGACUCUUGGCUGAGUAUGCAAGCAAACUGGCUGUACCUCGAACCAAUCUUCAGUUCCGAGGACAUUAUGCAGCAGAUGCCAGAGGAAGGCAGGCUCUUCCAGGCUGUCGACAGGAACUACAAGGAUAUUAUGCGCAACACUGCUAUUGACACGCAUGUGCUGAAGGCGACCGCUUUUGCUGGCCUUCUGGAGAGGAUAAAAGACAGCAACACCCUCUUAGAUAAAAUCAACAAGGGCUUAAAUGCCUACCUGGAGAAAAAACGACUCUUCUUCCCACGCUUCUUCUUUCUUUCUAACGACGAGAUGUUGGAAAUUUUGUCCGAGACAAAAGAUCCCCUGCGUGUGCAACCCCACCUGAAGAAGUGUUUCGAGGGCAUUGCCAAGUUGGAGUUUGACAAGAAUCUCGAAAUCAAGGCCAUGUUUUCCAGCGAGGGUGAGAAGGUCGUCUUCAGCAAGGUAAAUUUCCCCUUAUAUACGGCGGCUUUUAUCUACUGUAGCACAAAUUUAUUGUUUUUUGUUAUGGAGAGUCUUGUUGGAUGGACCAUUUAA